AUGGCCGCCAGUGGGGCGUCUUCUAUUUCGGUCACGGUGCGAGUGCGUCCCUUUACGAUUCGAGAGGCUGCGCAAUUGACCAGGACGGAUGAUCAAACCUUGUUUCUUGGAGAUGGCUCGCUGGCGGGUAUACCAACUCCCAAGGUGAACUCAAAGGGCAUUCGGCCAGUCAUCAAGGUCCUGGACGAGAAGUGCCUUAUAUUCGAUCCCCCAGAAGAUCAUGCUGUUACAAGAUUCUCACGAUCAACCGUCGGACCCCAAGGAAAGCGAGCAAAGGACCAGACGUUCGCUUUCGACCGUGUGUUCGACGACACGACCUCGCAAGGCGAUGUAUACGAAGCGACCACAAAACCCCUCCUCGACAGCGUACUCGAUGGCUACAAUGCGACCGUAUUUGCAUAUGGUGCCACUGGCUGUGGAAAGACGCACACGAUCACAGGAACAGCACAACAGCCCGGUAUCAUCUUCAUGACAAUGCAAGAGCUGUUCGAGAAGAUCCAAGAGGUCCAAGAAACAAAGGUGACGGAGAUUACACUGUCUUAUCUGGAGAUCUACAACGAGACCAUUCGCGAUCUGCUGGUGGAAGGUGGAAGUAAGCAGCCUCUGAUGCUGCGAGAAGACGCCAAUCAGGCUGUCUCCGUCGCUGGCCUCUCGAGUCAUAGGCCACAGAAUGUCCAAGAAGUUAUGGACAUCAUUGUCCGUGGCAAUGAGUACCGAACCAUGUCCCCCACUGAAGCGAACGCUACCUCUUCGCGAUCACACGCCGUCCUCCAGAUUAAUGUAUCCUCGAAAGACCGAAACGCAGCAGUAAACGAACCUCACACGAUGGCCACGCUCAGCAUCAUUGAUCUGGCAGGAAGUGAGCGUGCAAGCGCGACAAAAAACCGUGGGGAACGUCUCACAGAAGGUGCCAACAUCAACAAGUCUCUACUUGCACUUGGGAGCUGCAUCAAUGCAUUAUGCGAUCCUCGAAAGCGCAAUCACAUCCCAUACCGAAACUCUAAAUUGACGCGACUGCUCAAGUUCUCACUCGGUGGUAAUUGUCGAACAGUCAUGAUCGUAUGUGUCAGUCCUUCAAGUGUGCACUUUGAUGAGACGCAGAAUACGCUACGCUACGCCAAUCGCGCGAAGAACAUCCAGACCAAGGUCACCAAGAAUGUAUACAAUGUCAACAGGCACGUGAAAGACUACCUGGUCAAGAUCGACGAACAGCGGCAUCUCAUUGAUGAGUUGAUGAAGAAGCAGAAGGAUUUCGAAGGCAGCGCAUUUGUCAAGUUCCAGAAGCAAAGUGAAAAGAAGGAUGGGGUGCUGCGAGACGCAGUGGCACGUUUGCGUCAAGCAUAUGCCGAGUCAGAACACGAGCGCCGGGACCGUCUCAACAUGAUGAAGACGCUGAAGCAAGCGGAGAAGCGUAUUUCUCUUAUCUCUGCAUGGAUAGCAGCGUUCGAUCAUGUGAGGGAUGCUCGAGAGCAAGAGGAGAUGCCAUCACAGGUGGCUGCUAUAAGAGAUACAGCAGUCGGAAUUUCGGCUGAGUUGGAACAAACUCGGCAACACUGCCAUCGGCGAAUGGAGCGCACGAAUUGGGCUGGCAAGCUGGAUACCGCUCUACAUGUUGGGCUCCGGGCAUUGACUGAGGUUGAUGGAUCUACCGACAGUCAUGACGCAGCCAAUCUAACGAGGGAGUAUGAGCUACUCAAGUCGAAUGCUGAUCGUGAAGUUCUCAACGCUGUUUUGGAGCAGGAAAGGGGUGGAGAUGCUGCCAUCGUUCAAGUACUUGUACAGGCACACAUCGAAACAGUCGCGAUACUAAGUCAAAUAUCCCAAAUGGAUGAGAAUGAGGCCGUCGAAGCAGCGCGCAAGCUUCUCACCAAGAUCAUGAACUCCUGCACAAAUGCCAGCGCACAGGUUAUCCGUCCGGACGGUGGACUUCCAGUAACAGAGUUCUUUGCUCCAAGCCAUCGGGGAACACCGAAGAGGAGGAAGCCAGUCAACGUCGCGGGCCCAUCACCUCUGCGAGCGUUAGCCCCACCUUCAUUCACAGAUGCACCACACCUGACUUCUUCACCUAUGAAAGGAUCGCCGCGUCGCAAGAAAGUCCUUCAGGUCAACAAGAAAGGCGUCCAAUUCUCGCCAAUGAAGAAGAAGUCCCCGUUGAAGUCGAAGCGAGGUGUACGCUGGCGAGACGAUACGGAGAACGGUACCCUGGCAGAAUUCCAGAAGACACCUGAACACUUCGAAUCGACGCCUACCAGCUCAUCGAUUGAACAGCCGCCACCACAAUUUUCCACUCAUAUCCCAGGACCAGCACUUGGUCAUAAUGGAUCCUCGCCCAUCCCAACGCCCCCGAAAGCGUCUGUAGACUUGAAAGGCUCCAGCCGGUUUGCACUCGGCGCUCUUUCCAAACGGUCAGACGGUUCCCCUGCACCCCGUACCACUACUGGAUUUAAUUCUGAUUCAGACAAUACAUCACCACUCCGUGAGAUUGGCACGAACACGCUCCGCCAAACCGCCCUCAAUAUGGCCGAGAACGCCAAGACCAAUGGACGAAACGAUAACAGCGGAGAUUCUUCCUCCGAAGAAGAAAAGUGGUCCAGUGCCGACGCCCGCCAAAUUAGCACAGCCAUGAAGCGCCGCUCCUCUAUGAACAAAGGCUCCAUCCCUAUAAACCGCGCUCACCGUCGUCGCAGCCCUACAGCAGCAUCGUGUAGUCCACCCAACGAGAACUCGCUGCUCUCGGCUGGCGCGGCGCGGCGGAUGGUGAAAGGCAAUCAUGAUGGUACUUGGCAGUCUAAUGUGCUCGGUCCAAGGGUAACGCCCAUCAUGAAGGGCCCUGCAAGGCGCACGACGAUGGCAGAUUCCGGACCUAGGGAGCCUGCGUUGAAUCGGGCGCCUGUUCGGAUUGUUAGCAACAGUUCGAAUGGCUCAGCUGGGUCGAGGGGAAGUUUCAUGCCGAAUUCUAAGAGCGUUUGGCGGUGA